UGAUAUUGAGUGAACUUUGUGGUCCAGAUUCACACACAAAUUGCAGCAUUGGUUUUAACAGAAAAGAAAGAAGAAUGAAAAUAAAAAAGUUUGGAUAUGGAAAAGGAAACAUAUGGAAUGGAGAGGGUAGAGAGAAGGUUGGGAGCAGCAUAUUAUUGUUGUAUGGAAGUAGAAGCUAAAUAUAGAGAUGAAAGCUUCAGAAACCUACCCCUCACCAAAAACAGAAACACUGCUUCUUCCCAAUUUCAUCUUCUCCAAUGGAUCCCCCUCCUUAUAACUUCCUAACAAAACGCUUCCCCAUGGUUUGUUCUUCGAGAAUUUUCAUUUUGCAUUUAAGUUUUUGACACUUUCCCCUCAAAUUUCCAUCUCUGCAACACCAAAUUUUUUCUCCUCUCUCUUUCUCUUGUUCUUUCUCUCAUGGCAGAUCAUACACGUUCACACGUAACAACGGAUUUGUAUAAGAUCCUUUCAAUCCCAAUCAAAGAUAUCUGCAAGGGAUUCAAGAAAUGGAAUCCUUCUGAGAAGAGCCCUAGAAUUAAAACUAUUGAAGGAGGAGGAGACAGAGACUUUACGCCUUCCGUCAGAGAACCUGACAAGUCGCGUCGCGGUGGUGAGCGGCACAUAAUCAGCGCUCCGACCACGCCGUUAGGUUCCAGCAACCAUAAGGGCGUGGACGAGAGCUUCUUCGCGAACAUGACGAAUACAUUCUCCAGAAACCAGAGUCGGAGAAGUAAGACGCCGACGCCAAGUCCGCGGUCGUAUUCGAGAAACGCGAGCCGGCGACGGAGCAAAACGCCGACCUCAUUAUCGACAAAUCAAAGCCGAAGGAGCAACUCAGACACCGAAUUCCUAARACGACCGCUAUCGAGAAAUUCGAGCAGAAAAGUAGAGGCAGCAGAAUCAAACGAAACGCCGAUCUCGUUGUCGAGAGAAACGAGCAGAAGGCAUUGUUGGGAGACCAACUCCUCCGUGGAUCAUGCUCGAUCGUUGUCGAGAAAUGCGAGCAGGAGAAGCCCUAAUGCUACUCCGAUCAUAUAUUCACAGUCGACGGCACUGAAGAAGCCGCCGCCGGUAGAGAAGAAACUGGAAUGUACCUUGGAAGAGUUGUUGGAAGGAUGCGUGAAGAAGAUUAUGAUCGCSAGAGCCGCCAUUGUUAACGGGAUAAUUGUACAAGAAGAGGAGUUGCUGAAAAUAGAAGUGAAGCCAGGAUGGAAGAAAGGAACAACAAUCACAUUUGAAGGGAAGGGAGAUGAGAAACCAGGGUUCCUACCUGCAGAUAUAAUCUUUGUGAUCGAUGAGAAAAGGCAUCCGUUGUUCAGUCGGGACGGUGACGACUUGGAAUUAGGAAUUGAGAUCCCUUUGGUGAAUGCACUCACUGGCUGUUCAAUCACAGUUCCUCUGUUGGGAGGUGACAAAAUGACUCUGUCAUUUGAUAACAUCAUAUAUCCAGGCUUUGAAAAGGUUAUAAAGGGACAAGGAAUGCCGACCCCGAAGCAGCAAGGGAGGAGAGRCGACCUUCGAAUUCAAUUCCUCGUUGAGUUUCCCUCUGAGUUGAGUGAGGAACAGAGGGCUGAAGCUGUUAGCAUCUUGCAAGAUUGUUCUUGAUCCUCUCCCUUUGGAGCAAGCCGAUCUGCAUUCGUGCAUUGAGAUGAGGGUURGAGAAGAAUCUGCAGUUAAUCAGCUCUUCGAAUGCAUUUUGAAACAUGAAUUAAUCAGCAACCUUGAUUUGAUCA